GACGUGGGGACGUGCCGCGAUGUAGAGGAAUGGCCAAACAUGCAGUAUGUAGACGAGCAUGCAGAGAAGAAGUGGGAGGUGUAAGAGAUCAAAAUGAGAGAAGGUACAAGAUGAGAGCAGUUGAUGUCGAAGGUACAGCGGUGUUGAAGGUGUUGCAGCGUUAUUGAGCUAUGCAUAGUGUUUUACUGCAACAGAGUAAUAAGGAGAAACUUCAGGACGUUUGGUCUAGCCAUCUUGAAGUCUAUUUGAGGGCAAAGACAUUAUUUUUUCUUGCUCGGAUUUAUUUUCCUAUCAUCGCGUUACUCUUCUUUUGGUGGCCCGGGUUUCUGACCUGCAAUGGUGUGCAUGCAGAUGUUUGGCGAUAUCCGUACCCUCAUGGCUCUCUCUGACGACUUCUGUGACGCUUCGGGAGCUAACUGCUCUUCUACCGCCACUGGCUUCGGCACUGUGACCGUGCAGGACAGCUAUGGCUCCGGUAGCGACAUGUCCUACACCUGGACCACCUGCAUCGAUGAGUACCACGUUGCCACCGGCGACGUCGAUCCCUGCGCCACUGCGUAAGCGGGUUGCCCUAGUCUUUUAAGUUAGCGGACAUUCGGUGUAUUAACUUGAGUUUCUAGUGUAGUGUUUUGAACACAA